CCAUGCAUUUUAAGUCUACUAAUUCCCGAGGAGGGAUUUGGUUAUGUACCUUCUUACAAUAGUUGUUACGCUUCUACAUUUACAUCUUACAUAUUUACGCAUCUACAUUUUAUGUUUUUACAUAUCUACAUUUUUAUACUUUAUGCGUCUACAUUUUUACAUUUUAUGCUCAUUUUACGCUCAUUUUUACAUUUUUACACCUUUUUUACUUAAGUUUAUGUGCUAUCUAUCAGAACAAUCCGUUUUCAUCAGACUAACAAACAUCAGUUAUCAGCAACUAUAAGAAUGUAUUAUGACCUUAUUAUUUGUAUGAAAACACAAUUUAAAAUUUCAUAUUCUUAAGAAAUUAAGCUCAUCAUAAAAAAAAUGAGAACUUAUCAUAAUUUUCUAUUAUCAUGUUAUUAUUUUAUUAUUAUUAACUAAUACUUUUAGUUACAGGUAUAUUCAUUUUAAAUUUGAAUAUAAC